GAACAGUUAACCUGACUUUGCAACAUGGAUGCUGGUUCAGUUAGGUAGCCGUGUCCCCGGCCUGGUCCAGAUCGACGACCACGAGUGCACGGCGGAUCGGAAUCGGAUCGAUCCCAGACUAGCCAGGGGGCCGCGAUUUAUUUAACGGGCAGCGUACGUACGCAGUGAGUGGCACUGGCGAUACAUGUCGAUCGCAGAGUGAGUGGACGAGCACUGAGCCGCCGAGGCGAGCCGUGAUGUCCGAUGUCGCGAACGGCCGCAUCGACCUCGCCGCGCCGCUGCUCUCCGUGCGACGACGCCACGCCGGGGAGCAGCGGCGCCUUUGCGAUCAGCUGGAGGAUGAGGACGCCGCCACCCCGCACGGAGCACGAGGCGGCGUGCCGUUCGGGUGGGAGCGCAGCCCAGGCCACCCCAAGAGCGUGCGCACGUUCCGCCGCGCCCGCGCGCCGCCGCCACGGCCAGAGCCUCCCGCGCCCGUUCCGGAAGCAGCGCGGUUCUCAGAGGACGCGCUCUCCCGGGCCGACAGCUGCUUCACCGCCAACUGCAGCAGCGUCAACGGCCUUAGCCUUAGCGAUGCCGCCACCGGCCGUGGUGCCCGAGGCGGCGGCGUUAUGAUGGAUCGCUUCUUGCAAGCCGCCAAGGCCCUCGUCGCCGUUGCCGCAGACGGCGUCCCUCCGCACCAGCAGCCCACAUUCCGGAAGGCUCCUGAAGCUGCCACUGGCGCGUCCGCCAUGCCGCUGGAGCCGGCGCGACGGGCUCAACACCAUGCCGACGCGCGCGCCCAUGGCAAGGGUGACAGCGGCCUGCCGAGGCGGCUCCUCGUCGAAGCGCCGGCGGAUCCUGUGCAUGUGCAGCCAGACUACGGAGGGAAGGCCGGCGACACGGAGGAGGAGGAGUGGGAGGACGCGCACAGCACGGCGGGUUUCGCGGCGUCCAGGAGGUGCGGCCUCCUCCCCACGCGGUGCGCCAAGGGCGCCGACCUGCUGCUCCUCCUCAACUCUCGGCGCCGGCGCCGCCGCCAUAGCGAAAGGAAUCCACUCCUGCCGCGCCCGCGAGACGGGCAGCGGCAUGCUGCUGAGCACAGCGCUAGCAUGGACUGCAUGCAAACCUGGGAGGAGGUGUACAUCAGCUCGCUGCUGCGAUCGGACCGCCUGUGCAGGCUGAUCAGGCCAGGCACCCUGGCAUCGGAGCUGGAUAGUCGACUCUGCGUCACGGAUCAAGCAGCUGGAGGUGGAGUCCACCGUCCCAAGGCUACUACCCACCUGGGCAUGCUCCUGGUUCUCGACAGAACGGACGACGAACACCACGAACACACCGGCGGCAAGGCUGCGGCGCCGCUACCGCCUCCGGAAUGCGCCGGGACGCCGAAGGCGGCCGGCAGGAAGGCAUCAAGCAGGAACAACGCCGGCCUGCACGGCUUCCCGCCGCUUUUGCAGGAGAAUGCCGCGGCCAGGCGGCGUGAGCGUGACGCCGUCGUGGCUCGGGCGCAGCCGGUGCUCGUCCUGCCGUCGCCCAAGUCGCCUUCGGAAUCCUGGCUCUCGCGGGCGCUGCUGCAGCCGUCUGUGUCCAACAAGCCUCCGCCGACGUCUGAGCAGCACAGGAAGGAGGCACCGUCUCCAUGGUGCUCCGGUUACCAGACCAAGGUCGCCGGUCAUGGCAGGGUACGGCACAUACGGAUAUAUGAUUUACACAAGUAGCAGUACUGCAUGCUAAUUGUGGUCUUGCACGGAUGUUACUGUACUUUGUUGUCCUUGAAUCUGUAGUUAUGCGUUACCACAUCCACGCA